UUUCCUAAGCUGUCGCAUCAGCGUCCGUGUGCUCUGCUACCGGUUCAACCCCUUUGGCUACAAGGGUACCCUCGUUACCGGCGAAUUUGCCCGCCAUUUCUACGAGCGAGAAAACACUCGUUUCGGGAUAUGCAGACCACAAGACCAGACCAAUAGGACAGAAUAAGGACCAUCAAGAUCAGAUGGUAGUUCUAGUCGAUUUCAGCCAGGGUAGUCUGAUUGAUGAAAAUGUUGUGGAUAGUCGAAACAAUGAUAGUCCUCUUCGGUAGAGUCAAUCCCAGUGGGCGAGUACCACUCACCUUUCCCAGUCGCUGUGAGGAUAACCCAGCCUUCGUAAAUUAUCGGAGUGAGCAUAACCGAGUCCUCUACGGGGAAGAUGUCUACGUCGGAUAUAGAUGGUAUGAGCGCAUUAAGCAAGAUGUCCUGUUCCCCUUCGGAUAUGGCUUGUCCUACAUUUCCUUAGAGUUUUCCAAUCUUGAGGUCAAAUUGGACGAACAGAAGAUCACCGUUUCUGUCGAUGUGACCAAUAUCGGCUCCGUUGGACUCAAGAGUUUCACGAAGGAGUUUCUCAGAGCUGGUGAGAUGAAGCGAGCAACAAUGGAGAUCUCCCGCAAAUAUGCCAGGAGCUUUUGGGACGAAGCCCGACAAGCAUGGACGGAGGAGCGCGGAAACUAUACAAUUCUCGUGGGAGAAUCAAGCAGCAAAACGUCACUGUCCAUGGAUUCCCAAGUACAGAAUACGAGGUUCUGA